CUUUUCUUUUUCUUUUUUUUCUUUUGUGGUGUCAGCCGAGUAAUUUUGUCCUGUUUUCAGUGUAUCUGCUUUAAACUUCAAGCUUCUCUUGUGGUGGUUUUGGUUUCUGAUCUUUUUUUCUUUAUCAUUCAUGAUUGUUUAAUGUUUUUUUUUAUGUUACUUAGAGUGCAGAGCCCAUAUACUGUGUAGGCAAAUGGAAAACUCAAUGUAACACCUUUUUAUCUAGAAACCCUGAAUAUUUAAUAGAGAUGAUUAUUAAUCAGAACAUGAUAUUUUAAUUGUAUUGUUGGAUUUGGUAGAGGCAUGUAUAGACAAAUCAGUUUAUUUGAUUUAAAUAAUACCUUAUGGCAUAAGGAUUAGUGUGUAAUGACAUGUGGUUAUUUUAUCCAUAGUAAUAGAAAAGGUUUUUGCUGAACUGAGACGUACUGAGUAGCUGUGGAUCUGCCUGCUCUAGUACUCUGCCAGUGCUGCAUGUACUUGUUGAAUGUGAAGGAGUUAAGCGAGACCCCUUUCUAGUUAUCUAGGAGGGAUCCUGGCAGGAUGUAGGGAUUUUUUUUUUUUAAUACCCUCGGCAGGAUGAAAAAGAAGACGUCAGAGGACUUAGGUUGUUUUGAAAGUUGUUUGCGAGCUGGAAGCUGGUGGGAAAGUUCAGGCUUCCCCAUUCGGAAGAGACAGGCUGAGUUCCGCUCCUUGUAGCAUGCAAUUUCCAUUUUUAGCUUCAUUCAGACGUAGACAACGGCUUCUUCCUCUUCCUUUCCUUGUUUGUGACACUUUCCAAGGCACUGAUCCCAAAAGACACACAGUGAUCUUGCUGCCACAACUUGUAGCAUUCUUAGAUAGAGAAUAGAAGAUACAAGAAAUCAUGCAACAGUUUUCUUAAGGUAUCACAGGCUGCCACACAGCAAACAGCAAUUACAGGUUCUGAUACUCCCUGACAGGAGGAAACAUACUAAACAAUGAAAAUGGAUAUGGAAGGAAUUGAUAUGACGUUGUGGUCAGAGACUGAAUUUGAAGAAAAGUGCACAUAUAUUGUGAAGGAUCACUCCUCGGACAGCAGCUCAGAGGGCAGUAAUGUAGCUCAGGCACAAGCAUCUUUGCCCAGGAAUCUGCUUUUCAAAUAUGCAUCAGGAUGCAAAGAGGUGAUUGGAGUAGUAAGCAAAGAGUACAUACCAAAAGGAACACGGUUCGGACCACUUGUAGGGGAAAUCUACACAAAUGACACUGUUCCAAAGAAUGCGAACCGAAAAUAUUUUUGGCGGAUCUAUUCAAAUGGUGAAUUUCAGCACUUCAUCGAUGGUUACAAUGAAGAUAAGAGCAACUGGAUGCGCUAUGUCAACCCAGCACACUCUCUUCAAGAGCAAAACCUUGCCGCCUGCCAGAAUGGCAUGAACAUCUAUUUUUACACCAUUAAGCCUAUACCAGCCAACCAGGAACUUCUGGUGUGGUAUUGCCGGGACUUUGCUGACAGACUUCACUAUCCUACUUCUGGAGAACUUGUAGUGAAUCUCCAACAAAGCCUGACCAUUAGAGAGGAGAAAAGGAAAGAAUUGACUCAGCAGAAAAACACUCCAAAAAAGGAGCACAGCGUGAAAGAAAUCCUAAGGGAUACAACAAGCCACUUGAAACACAAGGACAAUCUACUGAGCUCUAUGUCUGCAAUCACCCCAGAAAAAGAAAAAGUGGAUGUGCAUAAAAACUGUAGCCCUGAAAGGACUUUCUUCCCUAGGGUAGUUUACCCAUUCCCCUCUCACAUUCAUGAAGACUAUUUAAAGGCAUCUGUAGGCUAUAACAUGGAUAGACAAAAUUAUCUGAUGCAUUCACCAAUUCAGCCAUCCACAACACCAAGUCCUUCAUCAAGAAGUAGUCCUGACCAAAGUUUUAAAAGUUCAAGUCCUCACAGUAGCCCUGGAUCAGCAGUUUCACCUCAUCAUCCACUGCAAGAUCACAAAGAAUUCUACCCAUUCAUCAACAGACCAUAUAAUACUGAAGGUUUGGGGUCAUUUCCAACUUAUGCACCCCCAACAAGUCACCUGCCUCCAUUUGUAUCCUCCUACAAUUCAACGUAUUCUAAAUAUUUAUUACCACCAUAUGGCAUUGGCUGCAAUGGACUAAAUUCAUUGAACAAUAUUAAUGCUAUUAAUAAUUUCAACCCCUUCUCAAGAAUGUACCCAGUUUACAGCAGUAUGCUAGCGGGAGGAAGCCUCCCUCACCAUUUGCUAACCCAUGCUGCCCUCCCUGGUUCCUUACCACACGAGGGAGGACGUAGAUUGCUGCAACCUGAGCUGCCACGAGACUUCCUUAUUCCUGCACCCAAUAGUGCCUUCUCCAUCACAGGUGCUGCUGCAAGCAUGAAAGACAAGCAGAGCAGUCCCACAAGUGGAUCACCAACUGCUGGCACAGCUGCAUCCUUGGAGCACAUAAUGCAACCUAAACCUACCUCAGCAGUGAUGUCCACAAGCAGUGAGGAAGCCAUCAAUCUCAUUAAGAGCAAAAGGAAUAUGACUGGUUAUAAGACUCUCCCAUACCCACUGAAAAAACAAAAUGGAAAGAUCAAAUAUGAGUGUAAUGUUUGCUCAAAAACAUUUGGACAACUCUCAAACCUCAAGGUGCAUCUUCGGGUACACAGUGGGGAGCGACCAUUUAAAUGUCAGACUUGCAACAAAGGAUUCACUCAGCUGGCGCAUUUACAGAAGCACUUUUUGGUACACACAGGGGAGAAACCUCACGAAUGUCAGGUUUGUCAUAAGCGGUUCAGCAGCACAAGCAAUCUUAAGACCCACUUACGACUGCACUCUGGAGAGAAGCCCUACCAGUGCAAGCUGUGCCCUGCAAAGUUUACUCAAUUUGUUCAUCUCAAACUGCACAAACGUCUUCACACAAGAGAAAGGCCACACAAAUGCAUUCAUUGCCACAAGAGCUACAUCCAUCUCUGUAGCCUCAACUUCCAUAUGAAAGGCAAUUGCCCUGUAUCUCCAAGGUUGGGGGUGUCUCGGGAAGACCUGAACCGAAUGAAUGAAGAAAUUGAAAAGUUUGACAUCAGUGACAGUGCAGACCGGUUAGAUGAUAUGGAAGAUAUGGACAUGUCUCCUGCUGUGGAGAAAGAAAUAAUGACUCUUCUCAGGAGAGAGAUAGAUGGUGCAAGUAUGAAAAUGUCUGUCUCAAGGAAUGUGGGCAAUAAUGGACUUCUCACGUCUGGUUGCAACUUUUAUGACCGAUCUGAUGCAGUAGUAACAAAGUUGCCUCUUAGCUCUCCACUACCUCUGUUACCUGUGAAGGUCAAACAAGAAUCUAUCGAUCAAAUGGACUCUUAACAGACAGAAGAAUUAAGUGUUAUUUAUGGGGUCAGGAUACUCGUAGCAAUUAUUUGUAUAUAUUUAUAUCGAUAUGUCAUUCUGUUGGCCUGGGAAGGUAAAACUCUCUCAAGAGGCCUAACUGAAAAAGAAGGAUCUCCGAGAUAACUACUCUCAGGGCAUGGAAAGAGGCAGGGAAAUUUGUGUAUUGCCUACUCACUUAUUAAUUUUAUCACUGAAAGACAAUCAUGUAUCUAUAAUUAUUUGUCAGUGAAAGUACUUCAUAAUUUAUUAUGCAAUUUAUCAUACUAAAAGCAAUAAUUAUCAAAUGUUUACAAUGAGGGAAAAAAUCAUUGUAAUUUGAAUAUAUAUAUAUAUAUUUAUGUAUAUAUGUUUCAUGUGGCCAUUUAUGUAGAUAUUUUCUAAACAUUAUAAGUUACAAAAGAAACAACAGAAAACCUAAGAUUUGAGAAGUAUUUAUCGGAUCUGCAUACCAAAUGAACAAUUUUUGUUGCCAAAGCUGCACAUGAGACUUGUUGGAUCCUUUUAUUGAAGGUUUUGCCUUUUAAACCCCCUCCUCCACCAAUGGUUUUAUUUAUUGAACAUUUUUUUAAUGUAUUGGUCAUUAAUAACUGGAAUUUGGUACCCCCAGUGCACAACAUUGCACUUGUUAAAUGUUCAGCGCCACACAAGUAGCCCAACAUGGACAGGACUAUAUGUGUGGAGCAUGGCACAAGUCUGAAGAAAAGGGAAUGGGAUUUAUGUAUAUGCAAACAUAAUUUAAUAAAUAAGUAAGAACCCUUACAAAUUCUGUAAGGAGGGAGUUUUGAGCUUGGGCAUGUAGUCCAAUCCCAUGAGAACCACCUCCAGCCCCAGAUAUGGAUAAUAUUCCAGUUGAAGACACGGGUAAUUUGUAUGUUACUGGCAUACUAAUCUCCCCUCCCCUUCUCUGUAUUUCUCCUUUCUUUUUUUCUCUGUCUCUCUCGCUGAGUCAUUUCCUUCAGUAUUUUGUGUUUUGUACAUUUAUUUGUUGUGUUUAACUUAAAUGAAUAUGAAAAGGGCAUUCGACAAUUUACCUCAAUGCUUGUGUCCAGUGGCGCAGGAAAUAAGUUGGUUCAACUACAGUUUUGUGAUUUCAGAGAAAAACCAAAUAUGCGCAGGUUGAAAACUGCAUACGCUUUAUACUACUACUUUGCUUUGUUUUUUCACUCCAAAGAUAUUCUGUUAGUCACAGAUCGUGGUGAACAGGAUUUAAACGAUAUAAAACCUAAGAAAAUGAUGCUUUAUGGCAUUAUAUUGUCUAGCAAGAAUUUCAUUCUGAUGCCUUCCUCUAAACCCAUGCCGAGAUAACCAGGAAAGGUACAAACAUUACAGCUUUAAAAGAUCCAUGUAGUCCACGUGCAGGCCAUGGUCUGACUUUAUGUAGCAAGAUCUAAAGUAUUAAUGUAAUAUAUACCAAAGUAUCACUAAUGUGACUGGACACUUGCUCCCCUUACUUGUUGCCAGUAGUGCUUUUCUGUAUUCACGUCAAAGACUUUAAUGUAUCAACUUUUUAAGACUUCUUGUUUCACUAGAAUUUUAUUACAUGUGAAUGUAGCAAACAGUGGUUUCUCCUUUUUUUUUUAACUUCUUAAGAAGAAAAUUCUGACCAAAGUUUAACAGGCUUUUUACUUUGCUAGAACAACAAAAAAUUAUGUUUACAUAUUGGUUUACAAUGUUAUUUAUGUGCAAAUUGUCAAAAAUGUAAAUUAAAUCUAAAUGUGCAUUUCUUUAUA